AUGUGUGGAAUAAAAUUGCAACAUACAACGGCUUACCACCCCCAAGCAAAUGGGAAGGCAGAACGCCUCCAUAGAUCUCUCAAGACCGCACUUAUGGCACACAAUAGCAUGGCCUGGACUGAAACACUUCCAACUGUUUUUCUUGGCUUACGCACAGUUAUGCAAGAAGACUCUGCAUAUACCAUUGCUCAAAUGGUUUAUAGACAAAAUAUACGAUUACCUGGAGAAUUUUUUCCCAAUAGUACAACUCCUAUACCACUAGAACCCCCUUAUGAUGAUCCUUUUCAAGUGGUUGACAGAAAAAUAAAAAAAUUUACAGUAAAAAUUAAUUACAAAGAUGUUACAGUGUCUAUUGAUAGAUUAAAUCCUGCAUAUUUUUUGCAAACACCAGACAUUACUACGAAGCAAUCAACACCGUCAAUAAGACAACCUGUCAAUCCUCCAACAGACUUACCUCCUAAAAUUAACAAGUUUCCUGCAAACCAGUUGCGUACCGGACGAACAAUAAAACCCCCUGUGCGAUUUCGGGAUCUGUACAUGUAUCAUUUAUACAUGUAUCAAUAA